CAUGUGGUCGGAGGAUGGUGUUUGAGUCGGGCCUCGCUGCUCUGCGUCUCCCGUCCUCGUCCAGGAGGACGGGCGGGAUGACGGCUGUGCGGCGCUUGCUUCGGCUCCUCGUCCUCAUGCCUGUCUGCAUCUCUGCAGCCAGCCUGUCCACCGCCGAGCCCCCAGAUUUGGUGUCCAGCGAGGCGGCCUUUCAGGAGGACUACGUCCUGGGCAUGGGGGACUCGUUGGACAUACCAUGUGACCUGGACGGCCCCCCGCACCCCGUCGUUUGGUUCAAAGAUGGCGCUGGAGUCGUGCAGAGCAACCGGACGCUUAUUGGCCAAAGGGUCCUGCGCAUCGUCAACGUGUCGUACGAGGACUCUGGGGUCUACACCUGCUGGCUGGCCCGGACCAAAUUGCUGCUCAGCAACUUCACCGUCAGGGUCACAGAUUCACUGUCAUCUGGUGACGAUGAAGACUACGAUGAGAACGCAGAGGCACCGUAUUGGACCAGACCGGACCGGAUGGACAAGAAGCUCCUGGCCGUCCCGGCGGCCAACACUGCCAAGUUCCGCUGCGCCGCGGCCGGGAACCCGAUGCCGACCAUCCACUGGCUGAAGAACGGCAAGGAGUUCAAGGGCGAGCAGAGGAUGGGGGGCAUCAAGCUGAGACACCAGCAGUGGAGCCUCGUCAUGGAGAGUGCCGUGCCAUCGGACCGGGGGAAUUACACCUGCGUGGUGCAGAACAAGUACGGGACCAUCAGCCAUACCUACCAGCUGGACGUUCUGGAGCGGUCGCCUCACAGGCCCAUCCUGCAGGCCGGCCUGCCAGCCAACCAGACGGUGGUGGUGGGCAGCAACGUGGAGUUCCACUGCAAGGUUUACAGCGACGCUCAGCCUCACAUCCAGUGGCUCAAACACAUCGAGGUGAACGGCAGCCGCUACGGCCCCGACGGUGUGCCGUACGUCAACGUCCUGAAGACGGCCGGUAUAAACACGACCGAUAAGGAGCUAGAGGUUCUCUUCUUGACCAAUGUGUCCUUUGAGGACGCGGGCGAGUACACUUGCCUGGCGGGGAACUCUAUCGGCUACUCUUACCACUCUGCUUGGCUGACGGUGCUUCCAGAGAACUCGGACAAGGGCGACUACUACGCAGACAUCCUGAUCUACGUGACGGGCUGCGUGCUCUUCAUCCUCGCCGUGGUCAUCGCCGUCCUCUGUCGCAUGAGGAUGAACACGCAGAAGACUGUGCCACCGCCUCCCGUGCAAAAGUUGUCGAAGUUCCCCCUCAAGAGACAGGUGUCCUUGGAUUCUAACUCGUCCAUGAACUCCAACACCCCCCUGGUCCGGAUCGCCCGGCUGUCCUCCAGCGACGGCCCGAUCCUGGCCAACGUCUCGGAGCUGGAGCUGCCCUCUGACCCUAAGUGGGAGUUCCCUCGAUCCCGGUUGACUCUGGGGAAGCCGCUGGGGGAGGGCUGCUUCGGGCAGGUGGUCAUGGCCGAGGCCGUCGGCGUCGACAAGGAGAAGCCCAACAAGCCGCUCACCGUCGCCGUGAAAAUGCUAAAAGACGACGCCACAGACAAAGAUCUGUCAGACCUGGUGUCAGAAAUGGAGAUGAUGAAGAUGAUCGGCAAACACAAAAACAUCAUCAACCUGCUCGGCGCCUGCACGCAGGACGGUCCUCUGUACGUCCUGGUGGAAUACGCUUCCAAAGGCAACCUCAGGGAGUACCUGCGGGCGCGGCGUCCACCGGGCACGGACUACUCCUUCGACACGUGCAAAAUCCCCAACGAGCAGCUGACGUUCAAAGACCUGGUGUCCUGCGCCUAUCAGGUGGCCAGAGGCAUGGAGUACCUGGCCUCACAGAAGUGUAUCCACCGAGACCUGGCAGCCAGAAACGUCCUCGUCACAGAAGACAAUGUCAUGAAAAUCGCCGACUUUGGUCUCGCCAGAGACGUGCACAACAUAGACUACUACAAAAAGACAACAAAUGGUCGUCUGCCUGUGAAGUGGAUGGCUCCGGAGGCUUUGUUCGACCGGGUCUACACGCACCAGAGCGACGUGUGGUCUUACGGGGUCCUGCUGUGGGAAAUCUUCACUCUGGGGGGCUCACCGUACCCAGGGAUCCCGGUGGAAGAACUUUUCAAGCUGCUGAAAGAGGGACAUCGGAUGGACAAACCUGCCAACUGCACUCAAGAACUGUACAUGAUCAUGAGGGAGUGCUGGCAUGCCGUCCCAUCGCAGAGACCAACCUUCAGACAGCUGGUAGAAGAUCUGGACCGGCUCUUAUUCAUGACCUCCACUGAUGAGUACCUGGACCUGUCGGUGACCUUCGAGCAGUACUCGCCCACCUGUCAGGACUCCAACAGCACCUGCUCGGAUGACUCUGUGUUCGCCCACGAUCCGCUCCCCGAGGACCCCGUCUGUCCAAACAGCUAACCUGCAACAGUGCGAUCCGGACAUAAAACUGGUUCUGGGGACGGGGUCGGACCUCGCGUCACCAGAAGCUCAUCUUGAACUCAGAUCUCUGAACAAACGUCGUCUCUUGGAGGUUCGACGUUGAAGGAUUUUUUAAUUUUUUUGUGCUCUUGAAUGCUGAUCUAGGAAUGAAAAUAUAUUUUUGUACUCAGGCCAGUCUUUUGUUACAGACAGUGUGUGUUUGGUGAAACCAUUCCGUGCCUACUGGGAAAAUCCUUCCCGAGACCGAGUUUUAAACGGAUCCAGGAGGAGCAAAUAAAGGGCAUUGAUUGAUCAGUAACCGGUUAGUGACGCAGCACCGGAGGACCUUCAGCUUCGUCCUGCGUGGAGCCCCUCGGAUCACGGCGACAUUUAACAGAAAUCACGUGUGGGGUCUGGUUCCACAUGAGCACUCCGGUUUUACGACACAAAUUCCUCAUCUCGGGAUGCAACGUUUCAGGGCCAUUCGGUAUUUAGGUUUGGAGAACUUUUUAUAUAUCCAGAAAGUGAUUUAUUGUAAAUAUAUCCAUGCAAAGAUAUGAUGGGUGUGCACAGCGGUAAAAGACGAAGAAAAGAUUUUAUUUGAGUAUGGAAGACACUGUCGUGAACAUAUAAAACAUUUAACCUUUUCAGGUGCUGCAGAAAAGUUUAAUUUUAAUAAUGUGUAAAUUUGUAAAUGUAUUUAUAGGCUUAACAUAAAAGGUUCUUGCGUUUGAAAUAUUUAGUUUUAGAAUUUUAGCAUUGUACGUUUAUUUCAGCUUUUGUAAUUUAUUUUACUGCAGUGUUGUUGGUUUUACUUUUGGUCGCAGAUGAUUUUUAUUGGUUUGAAAAUAAGAAUGUGUGACAGCAGCGUCAGCGCCAGAGAGGAUUCUGGGAACUGACGGCUGAUGCUGAAAGAGGGCCGGUUCGGUUCUGGUUCAGAAAGUCGGCGUUUUGCAAUAAUCAAAGCUACAAUUUAAACUCUUGCUGGGCAAGAACGGGCAGCGCUUUGAGGCACAAACCAGAAACAUUUUACGAUAUUUCCACAUCAAAUGUAUCGACGACGAGCUGUGAGUUUAACAAAAACCAUCACGGACUUAAAGAUUAAUCCGUUUAUCAAACCGUUUUAUCGUUCAGGCUGUGAACUCGGGGAAGUUGUUGACGUAUAUGAAAAUUUCAGCUCUACGACGAUUCCUUUUUAAUUUUUUUAAUACAAAAUUUGCCCAAAAUGAUUAAUUUACCACAUAUUCUGUUAAAUUAUAGAUAUUUAAAAUGAUUUUGGAUUGUAUGUAAACUUCUGCUCCCAGCAGGCUUCUCGGAGAGAUCCGGAAACAUGCGUGCUUUUUAACGUCAAAGACGGUCUGGGGUUUUUGCUGCAAUGCAUGCUGGGGCUUGGAGUUUGUCUCUUGAGACGGUGUCUGACCAGGCUCAGACAGCCGGAGAUGCAAAAUUGCAAGAGAAAAGUGAAAUUUUUCAUUUU